CUACAAUAAUCCCAUAUCCCUUUAAACCUGUCCUAUUCGUGUACCUGAAGGUCUGAAGUCACCCAUUCUCUCCAGAGAUCCUGCCUGACCCGCUGAGUUACUCCAACAUUUUGUGUCUAUCUCUAGUGUAAACCAAUAUCUGUAGUCCCUUCCUACACACUAUCCACUUGACUACAUGUUUCUUAAAAGGUCUACCCAAAGGUCUUUCACCUGAAAUGUUGAGUCUUUUUUUUUCCUCCUCUUUCUUUUAAAGCUACAUCAUCUGCUGCAUUUUCCCCCAGUAUUAUCUAUACAGUAGAUAAUUCAGGUCAGAUUCCUGAAGAAGGGACUGAGGACAUAUUUAACAUUAAAAUACAGUCUGGUGGAAUUUGUUGUGACGUUAUCGGUAUUCAGACCACUCCUUCCAAAGUGGGUGAGCUGUGCAAGAACCAAUCGACACUAGUCGGAAAUGAUGCAAGAAGUUUUGUUUUGGACAAGCAGAGGCAAAGAAUGGGUUCGUCUGCGGAUGGUCACAAGGUAACAGUUCGCUGUUUAGCAGUUGUAGCGUUUGAGAAAUAUGGUGUGUUUCUAAACACGAGCACAAAAAGGACACAUGACCAGGAUACACACAUUCCCGGAGUGAUUCGGAUCAUUGAAAAGGGUUCUGAUACAGUCGUGGAGUGGAUUCCGGUAAGUGAGAGUGGAGAACAUUCUCAGUUCCUGUACUCCAAGAAGGAUAGCAAUGUGAAUGGAGCCUGCCACACUGAAGAGGAGAUGUUUGAUCCAGGUUACGAGCCUGACUGGGCUGUUAUUAGCACAGUAGGGACCAGGAUACGGCCACAGGAGGAAGUACGUGCUGUUGCCCAGUCUCCAGGAGUGCACAGCCAGUGGGCGUUCUCCAUCAGUCUGUCCGAGCUGAAGUCUAUCCGCAAAAACAAGCCGGGCCUGGGCUGGUCGUAUCUCAUCUUCAUCAGCAAAGACGGCAUCUCCUUUCCAGCUCUCCACUUCCACGCUGGUGGCACCCGAGCUUUGCUCAAGUGUCUGUGUAAAUACGUGGUCCUGGCAACGUCCAAGAAGGACUCUCGUCUCUAUCUAGUCUACUCUCACGACUCUCACGCCCUGUCUCAGUCCUUUGAUGAGUUGCAGCUGUUUGAUGAGCAUUCCUCAGAUCUGGUUUCACGGUUCAUACAGGACCCUUAUGCCGCCACGUUCGGUAGUUUCUCCAAAGUGACCAACUUCCUGCGCGAGGCUCUGCGCCCCCCGGACGGCACCCGGCAUCGGCCGAUGCGCGAGAUGGCCGCCGGCCUAGACCUGGACCAGCAGGAUGAGCCAGGCUUCGAGGUCAUCACAUGCCAAGUUGACCUGGGCCAGAGGCCGACAGUACAGCGGCAGGAGACCUUAACGGCCGCAGAGUGGCAGAAACAUCUUGACCCAGAAGGAAAACUUCAAGAUGUGGACCAACUGAAGAAAAAAAUCUUUAAAGGAGGCCUGUGUCACAGCAUCCGACGGGAAGUUUGGAAAUUCCUACUGGGAUACUAUCCGUGGGACAGCACAGCUGAGGAACGCAAAGUGUUGGUGAAACAAAAGACAGAUGAAUAUUUCCGGAUGAAACUACAGUGGAAGUCGGUGACCGAGGAUCAGGAACGGCGGAAUUCCCAGCUAAGGGCAUCCAAGAGUCUGAUAGAGCGGGAUGUUAGCAGGACAGAUCGCAACAACAAAUUCUACGAGGGGAAUGACAACCCAGGCCUGGUGCUGCUCAACGACGUGCUCAUGACCUACUGCAUGUACAACUUUGAUCUGGGCUACGUUCAGGGAAUGAGCGACCUCCUCUCCCCAAUAUUAUAUGUCACUCAGAAUGAAGUCGAUUCCUUCUGGUGUUUGACUGGCUUCAUGGAGAAAGUGCACCGGAACUUUGAGGAAAGUCAGGAAAGCAUGAAGGAGCAGCUGGAGAAGCUAGCGCUGCUGCUGAGGGUGCUGGACUCUGCCCUCUGUGACUUCCUAGAUUCCAGAGAGUCGGGGAACCUGUGCUUCUGCUUCCGCUGGCUGCUCAUCUGGUUCAAAAGGGAGUUUUCCUUCCCAGAUAUACUGCGGCUUUGGGAGGUUCAAUGGACAGGACAUCCAUGUCCAAAUUUCCACCUGCUGGUGUGUUGUGCCAUCCUGGACUCUGAGAGAGAUGCACUGAUGAAUCCAAACUACGGAUUCAAUGAGAUACUCAAGCACAUCAACGAGCUGACCAUGAGGCUGAACAUGGAGGACAUCCUGUGCCGGGCGGAGGCCAUUUAUCAGCAGCUGGCAGCCUGUCCGCAGCUGCAGAGGAGCGUGCAACACAUCCUGGGACUGGCGACGCAGGAGGAGGAAGCCACCCCCACCCCCACCCCCACCCCCAGCUCGGGCUCCGGACAGGGGAACUCCCCCCGGCCCCUCUCCCCCAGCCAGACGCAUGAGUCCGAGCUGACCGACAGUGCCCCCCAUAGCCUGCCCGACAGCAGCAUCGAGAUCCUGCACACUGACGAUGGAACCAUCGAACCGACCCACAGCCCAUAGGUACCCGUGCGUGGGGGGAGGG